AUGCACGAUAAAUUGUUAAGUAUAAGAAGGGAAUACACGCCCCGAAUUUCAAAGGCCCAUAAUUAUAUUGUGAAAGAAUGCGUAGGUAGGGGUAAUUUUGGUGAUGUGUAUAGGGCCAUUGAUAGAACAACAAAUAAAGUGGUAGCAAUCAAAGUUGUGGACCUAGAAAAUACAAAUGAAAGGUUAGAGGUAUUAGCACAAGAGAUUUUUUUUCUAGCAGAGUUGAAAUCACCUUACAUCAUCAAUUAUAUUACUACGUUAUUAGAAGAUGCUUCCAUGUGGAUAGUUAUGGAAUAUUGUGGAGGUGGAUCAUGUUCCGAUUUAUUAAAGUAUUAUUUCAAUAAUGGAUUACCUGAAAAGAAAGUUGCCUACAUUACUAGAGAAAUAUUAAAGGGUUUACAAUACUUGCAUGAACAAAAAAAGAUUCAUCGGGAUAUCAAAGCGGCUAAUAUUCUAUUGACAGAAGAAGGCCAUGUUAAACUAGGUGAUUUUGGUGUUAGUGGCCAACUAAAGUCCACGUUAAGAAGAGGGACGAUUGUGGGAACCCCAUAUUGGAUGGCACCAGAAGUAGCUUCACAAAAUAUAGAAGGGUAUGAUGAAAAGAUAGACAUUUGGUCCCUUGGAAUUACAGUAUUUGAAUUAUUAAAAGGUGUUCCACCAUUGGUUAAGUUAGACCCCAUAAGAGUAUUGGCUAAUUUAUCAAGAAAAAGUGCCCCAAGGUUACAAGGAGCCUAUUCAGAUGCAGCAAAAUCUUUUGUUGCCCUUUGCUUAAUUAAAAAUCCGAAUGAAAGACCAGCUGCUGUCGACUUAUUGAAAUUUCCAUUUGUUAGAUUUAUUACAGUAACCAAUUUGAAACACGAAAUAGAGUUGGUUAAGGAAUAUAAGAGAUAUCCAAAGUCUCCAGGACAUAUGAUGCAAGACAGGUUAUAUAAUGCUCUAUCUAGAACCAAUAUUGAAUGGGAUUUUGCUUCAAUCAGAGCAAAUGGACCCAAGAAAUACGAACUAACUCCAGUAACAAAGGAAAGUCCAACAUCUUCAUCUAUAAUGAAUGAGAAUGGAACAUAUUUGAAUCAAUCUCAAUUAAUUACCCCCAUUACAAACCCAAGCACUCCUUCCUUUAGGAAGCGUAGAUUAGAGUCAUUCGAAUUGAGAGCAGAAAAAGAAUUAAAACAAGAUUUUGAAGCAUCGAUAGUGAAACAAAUAUCCUCGGAUGUUAAUUCAACUGUGCCUCAAUGUAGACGCUUGAGUAAUUCGACACAGUCUCAGCUAUUAACCCCAACAACAAAGUCCACUGCAUCUUCAUUUAGAAAGUAUCAACCAGAAUCUUAUGAAAUAGAAACAGGUCAAACUAAUGGAUCACUUAUAAUGAACCAAAUGGGCCCUGGUAUUGAUUUAAAAACAAUUCAAUUUGAUUAUUUGAAUAAUGUAAUCUGUCACAGCUUAAGAAGAAUGGAUGAAAGGGCAAAUGCUGAAGAGGCCAAGGUAUACAUUGGUGAGAUGUUGAAUUUGUUUAAAGAUGUAGAAAGCAACGUGGCUGGAUUCAGUGAAGUUUUCAUCGAAGAGAUUUCUGUAAGACUGGAGUCCAUAAGAAACUAUUUAUCUAAAUAA